AACCCGGUGUAAUCUGUGACUCAUAUUCAUUUCUGUUGUAGAAUCAUAUGGAAAGCGACUUGAAUUCAUAUCCACGACUGAGUGAGGACAAUAACUCGCCCGUGUUUGAAGUGUGUGAGAGAGUUCGCGCAGUCUCACUGCCGACGAAUUACAUUACAGCACGUUUGACUCGCCUUUCAGCGCUUACUGGAGUGUCUCUAAGGACAUGAGGUGGUUUGGCAGCGUAAUCAUGCCUACAUUGAGCCCAUGAUUGAGUAGCAGUGCUCCAGGCCCCGUCUGAGCCUCCAGCAUCCCACCAGACAGCUGCAGCAUGUCUAGUUCUGGCUUUCCCCCCAGCCAGGGGUCCUUCAGCAGUGAGCAGAGCCGUUACCCACCUCACUCAGUGCAGUACACUUUCAGCUCCACUCGCCACCCUUCGGAGUUUCCCGUACCUGACUACCGUAACCCUCUGCAAGACCAGCAGCGCCGCAGGCCUUCACUACUAUCUGAAUUCCACCCUGGGACCGAGAGGCCGCCAGAGCGCAGACAUGGUUAUGAGCAACAGUUUCAUGCCGUCCAAGCUCAGCAGGAGCUGGAGACUCUCGAGCCCAAGCGUCUCCGCAUCGAGAACGUAUCUGAAACGCACUUUCCAAGGGCUCAGCCCACCGGCAUCAUACUGCCCCAUCCACAGACCAUACAGGACAGCAUCAGGACCACUGGAGAGGUCAAGAAGGAAACCCAGUAUAGUGUGAAGGUGGAUGCCUCAUCCCCAGGUGGAGUCCCACAGGUGGGUGAGGAUGCAGACCCAUCACCCUCCAAACUCUCCAAGGAGGAGUUGAUUCAGAGCAUGGACCGCGUUGACCGUGAGAUUGCCAAGGUCGAGCAACAGAUUUUCAAACUGAAAAAGAAACAGCAACAACUGGAGGAGGAGGCAGCAAAGCCUGUAGAGCCAGAAAAGCCAGUGACGCCACCCCCUGUGGAACACAAACAUCGCAGCAUCGUCCAGAUCAUUUAUGAUGAGAACCGGAAAAAGGCAGAAGAAGCCCAUAAGAUAUUGGAAGGGUUGGGGCCUAAAGUGGAGCUGGUGAUUAAUAACUCUGAUACUAAAGUGUACCAUGACAACAUUAAGACGAAUCAGAUGAUGAGGAAGAAACUGAUUCUGUUUUUCAAGAGGAGGAACAUGCACGCAAACAGAGGGUAAGAACAGAAAAUUUGCCAGCGGUAUGAUGAGCUGAUGACGGAGUGGGAGAAAAAAGGUGAGAGAAUGGAAAACAACCCACGCCGCAAAGCCAAGGAGAGCCGCACACGUGAAUACUACGAGAGGCAGUUUCCUGAGAUCCGCAAACAGCGUGAGCAACAGGAACGCUUCCAGAGGGUGGGCCAGAGGGGGACAGGCCUGUCUGCCACCAUCGCAAGAAGUGAACACGAGAUAUCUGAGAUCAUUGACGGCCUCUCAGAGCAGGAGAACAAUGAGAAACAGAUGAGGCAGUUGUCCGUCAUUCCUCCCAUGAUGUACGAUUCUGAACAGCGGAGAGUGAAGUUUAUCAACAUGAAUGGUCUGAUGGAUGACCCAAUGAAGGUCUACAAAAACCGCCAGUUCAUGAAUGUCUGGACCGAACAUGAGAAGGAGAUCUUCAAGGAAAAGUUUAUGCAGCACCCCAAAAACUUUGGGCUCAUCGCUUCAUUUCUGGAGAGAAAGUGUGUGUCUGAUUGUGUGCUGUACUAUUAUUUGACUAAGAAGAGUCAGAACUAUAAAACUCUUGUCCGACGAAAUUUUGGGAAUCGGCGGCGAAGGAAUCAGCAGAUAACGCGACCUUCACAGGAAGACAAGGCAGACGACAAGAACGAAGAGGACAAAUCAGAAAAAUCAGAGAAGAAAGAGGACGAGGAGAAGAAGGAAGAGGAGGAGAAAGAUGAAAAAGAGGACUCUAAGGACAUCAGUAAAGAUAAAGAGAAGUGUGAGGGAGAGGAGGAAGAGGGUAAGGAGCAGAGCACGCCACGCGGCAGAAAGACCGCCAACAGCCAGGGCCGCCGUAAGGGCCGCAUCACCACCCGCUCCAUGGCCAAUAAUGAGGCUGCAUCUGUGGUUGCAGAGGAACCACCUCCACCGCCGCCUGAAACAGUUCUGCCAGAGCCCACACCCCCCUCUAAACCUGAGCAGAAACCAGCACGAGAGCCUGCAAAACCCUCUCCUGCAGCCAGUGCAGAGACACGAGGUGCAGUUGAAGCUGGAGAGACGUCUCGCUGGACAGAGGAGGAGAUGGAGAUUGCCAAAAAAGGGCUGGUUGAACAUGGUAGGAACUGGUCAGCCAUUUCUAAGAUGGUAGGCUCUAAGAGUGAAGCUCAGUGUAAGAACUUUUACUUCAACAACAAGAGACGAUACAACCUAGACAAUCUACUACGGCAACACAAGGGUUCCCGUCGGCUCCGUGGAAAUCGAGACCCAUCACAGAGCGAUCCUGCGCCUGAUGAAGAUGAGGAGAGUGAUGGUCCCGAUAACAGUUCAGACACAGAGAGUGCGCCUUCUCCAUCUCAAACUGAUCCCUCCAAAUCCGACUCUGUAACUCAUCCCAACUCCGCUCUGGACGGCGCGUCGGACCAGGACGACACGGUAACCAAAGUCCCAGUGGCAGAUGCCAAGGGCCAGGAGCCUCCGUACUGUGAGCUGCGGGUGAAAGUAGAGAAGAGUCCAGAAGGAGAAGCUGGAGACGGGCUUCCUCAGGAUGAGCGCACACGCUCCGCGUAUGAAAUGCAGAUCCAUCCAAAGACUGAGCCGCAGGAUUUGGAGAUGACUGCUCCAAGCAGCGAAAGAGCACAGGUCCAAGUGAAGACAGAGCCAGAUAUCAAGGAGAAGGAGGAGGAGAAACAGGGGGAGCAGCACCACUCAGAUAAUGACUCUAGCGCCACCUGCAGUGCGGAUGAGGAUGUGGAAGCCGAACCUGACCGACAAAGACUUUUCUCUCUGGAGAAGCCGUCAUUGCUUUGCACUGCAGGCUCGGUGGUCCUCUCCUCAGCCAAACUCCUCAACAUGCAGCAGCUACAGCAGCGAGCCGCCACCAUCCCCCCUAUGGUUUCAGCUCCAUUCGGUCACAGCAACGUUCCUGUAGGACCGCUGAGUGGCUUUGCUAUGUUCCAGCACCAAAUUAAAGCUGUGCAUGAGUCCGUGCAGGAGGACAAACAGAGACUGGACCAGAACGAGUCUGACCGCAGGCCACGAGUCACCACCCACAGCCCCACUGUAGUGGACAGAGAAGGUAAGCCAUUCGCUUACAUGCCAUAUGACCUAAAGCUGAUGGAGCAGGAAUCUCAUGGUGGAGUGGGCAGACCAGGCUCUCCGUACAGACUCUCUCCUCGGGAGCCUAGCAAAGCCUCACCCCAGCCCGACGCCAGUAACGCCACCCGCUACAGUGUACCUCCAGUUCUUCAGCCGGCACCUAACCAGGCAGUUCAGACUCUUUCCGAUGUUCGCAUGGCUUUUCCCCGUCACAGGCCGUCCAACAUUCCGUCUCCUCCGCCCCUCAUUCACUCCAAACCCACCGACAAGCCCUCCUUCAUUCAGGGGGGCUCCAUUUCACAGGGAACACCAGGAACAUACCUUCCUUCUCAGACGCACGCUGUGUACGUACCGGAGGUAGUAAAGACCACAGGAGGGUCCAUCUCACUUGGCUUGCCAAGACAGCAGGACCCUGCCAAACCUGUGUCAUAUAUUAAGCAGGAGGAGUGUUCUCCACGUGGACAGAGCACUCAGGCGGAGGGUCUUUUAUCCAGAGCUCAGUAUGAGGGAGUGGUCAGAGUAGGACCCAUACAGAUUCCGGAUAUGAGAGGGCCACCUGGAAAAGGCCCUGAGGGCUUGACUUUCAGAGGAGGCUCCAUUACACAGGGCACUCCUGCACUGGCUCAGUCCAAUGUAGCAGCGGAUCUGUUGAAAGGCACUAUUGCUAAACUGGCCACAGAGGACCUGAGCUGCCCAGAGAAGAACCGAGCUGAAGCUCAUUCUAAAGCUCAUGUUAUCUAUGAAGGCAAAAGCGGACACAUUCUCUCUUUUGAUGCCAUUAAGAACCCUAGAGAGGGCACUAGAAGCCCACGAAUGGGGCACGAUCUCAAGCGCACAUAUGACAUCAUGGAGGGGUCCCGUGGACACCCAACACGUGAGACAGCACCUUAUGAAGGUUUAAUCAGCAGAGCAUUACCAAGAGAAAGUCCUCAUGAGUCUAAGGAUCGCUCCAUACUCACAGGAUCCAUCAUGCAAGGCACACCAAGAGCCUCUGCUGAAGUCUAUGAUGAGGCCUCCAAAUAUGGUAAACAGAUCAAGAGGGAAAGUCCACCCAUACGCUCUUUUGAGGGAGGCAUCACGAAAGGUAAACCAUAUGAGGGGGUGAACACCAUAAAGGAGAUGGGCCGCUCAAUUCACGAGAUUCCCCGUAAGGAGACUCAAGAUAGUCGUAAAACUCCUGUUCUGGAAGGAUCCAUUACUCAGGGUAUUCCUCUAAAGUAUGAGAGCAGUACUGUGAACCCGUCAGCCAUCAAGCACAAUGUUAAAUCUCUGAUCACAAGCCCAGUGAAGAUCUCACACUCUGCCAUUGAGGCAGCUGAGCGAGAGAGGGCCAAGUAUGAGGAUGCGAAGGCAUCCGAACGUGUCCGGCACACCUCUGUAGUAAACUCCACCUCUGUCCUGCGCUCCACACACACAGAAGCGGGAAAAUCUCAGCUCAGUCCAGGCAUGCAUGAGGACAGCAAUGCACGCAGAACCCCUACAUACACCGGCACCUCCAUAUCCAGAGGAUCACCUCUGCUACGAGGGCAAGACGGAAGUAUAGCAACAGGUAAACCAGCUUCUCAUGAGAGGAAGAACACACUGACUCCAACCCAGAGGGACAGUGUUUCCGCCAAGUCGCCUGUGUCCGGGGGUGAACCUCUUGGUUCUCACAGCCCGUUUGACCCCCACCAUAGACCUGUAGUACCUGGAGAGGUGUACCGGACUCACCUACCACCACACCUGGACCCCAACCUCGCUUAUCACCACAGAGUCCUGGACCCAGCAGCGUACAUGUUCCCACGGCAACCAUCGCCGACCGGUUACCCCAACACUUACCAGCUGUACACCAUGGAAAACACUCGGCAAACCAUUCUGAAUGAUUACAUCACCUCACAGCAGAUGCGCCCUGAUGUCACAAGGGGACUGUCACCACGUGAACAGUCAAUUGCCAUCCCAUACCCACCAGCUAGAGGAAUAAUUGAUCUAGCCCAGAUGCCACCUACCAUCCUGUUACCUCACCCUGGGGGGACAGUUUCCCCCUCCCUGGAUCGCAUCACCUACAUCCCUGGACCUCAGACCCCUUUCCCUGCUAGGGCAUUCAACCCUGCCUCCAUAUCUCCAGGACAUCCUGCCCAUCAUAGUGCCACUGCCGCUAUUGUGGAGAGGGAGAGUCAGAGAGAGAAGGAACGCGAGAGGGAAAGGGAGCGAGAAAGAGAUCAGAGAGAACGGGAACGUGCAGCGGUAGAAUAUAUGCGUGGAGGUUCUGAGCAACCUGGCCGACCAGGCAGCCGUAGUUUUCUGCGUUCCACUUCACCCUCUGUGAGAUCACAGGAGGGUGUCCUCCAACAGCGGCCGAGCAUCUUCCAGGGCACCAACUCCAAGAGCGUCAUUACCCCACUCAUGCAAAUGCCCUCACAAGCAGCUACAUCUCAAGCCAAUCGAUACAGCAAUGCAGCGGAUGCCCUCGCCGCCCUUGUGGACGCUGCUGCCUCUGCCCCGCAGAUGGAUGUUGCGAAAGUCAAGGAGGGCAAGCAUAAUAACUGUAGCUCCCGGGAUGAUGACGUGAUGUCAUCACGGCGUGCAGCACAGGAGUCACAAGAGGUGGAGCGCCGUUCCGUGCAAUCUCCAUAUGGGGACGUGUCACUUCCUAGUGGGAAACCUUCCCAUCCUAUGUAUGCAGAGGGUGGAGGAGCUACAGGGAGCAAAGAGAAAGCCCCACCCACCAAGUCACGCAUGGAGGAGGAGCUGCGCACGCAUGGGAAGACCACCAUAACUGCUGCAAACUUUAUUGAUGUCAUCAUCACGCGUCAGAUUGCUCCAGAUAAGGACUCCCGUGAGAGAGGCUCACAAAGCUCUGACUCCUCCAGCAGCAUGUCAUCAAGUCGUUAUGAUGCUCAGGGUGGAAUUGAGGUGAUCAGCCCUGCUAACUCUCCAGCCCUAAGAGAAGAGAAGAACGAAGGACCUUUCCCAUCAGAAAAAGAGCUCUCAGCCACACCCAGGUUUGACAUUAACCGGUUCAGGCAGUCAGGAGAUUCAGGACCUUCUGCCCCUCAGCAGCCCUCCUCACAAGCAGACAGUUAUGGGCCCGUCCCGAAAACACACCGCAUCAUGACCCUCGCCGACCACAUUUCGCAUAUCAUUACACAGGACUUUGCCAAGAGCCAAGAUCCUCCCCCGUCAUCCAGCUCACUGCCUUCCUCUUCAUCCUCCUCCUCACUCUCCUCUACAUUCCAGAGCUCUGGUGUAGGAGGUGUUGUAGGUCGAGUUAAAGCCCCUAACCGCUAUAGCCCAGAAAACCCAGCUCCUACUGCACACCACCAGAGACCACCAAGCAGAGUAUCUCCCGAGAACUCCUCCGAUAAACCAAGAGCAAGGCCAGGUAGGUCUCCUGAUCGAGGACGAGGACCAGAGAACUAUGAGCCCAUCUCUCCUCCUCAGGGUUAUUCUGGGUUGGAUAAACAGGAGGCCAGUGUGCUGCAGGGUCAGAGACGAGAGCAGGAUCUCCCUGAACAGAGGACUGACUCGCGGUCACCAGGCAGCAGCAGUUACCUGCCCUCAUUCUUUACCAAACUGGAGAGCACAUCUCCUAUGGUUAUGUCCAAAAAGCAGGAGAUCUUCCGCAAAGCUGAAGUCGGUAACGCUCAGCCAGGCACAGAGAUCUUCAAUCUCCCAGCAGUAACAACAUCAAGCAAUGUAAACCCUAGAAACCACUCGUUUAGUGAUCCAGCCAGUAAUCUGGGUCUGGAGGACAUCAUCAGGAAGGCUCUGAUGGGGAACAUGGAGGAAAAGCACGAGGACCAGCAGCAGCAGCAAGCCCAGCUGGGGACAGGAAACACUUCAGGCAGUAUUUCAGACAGCCGACAGGAGGCCAGCCCAUCCCCUAACACAGCAGAAAAACAGAAGCUGCAGAGUAAAGCUAGCGCAGCAGGAAAUCAAAGUUCUCCAAACCAGGUCAGGUACUCUGCGGGAGAGCGGCCCUCUUCUGUGUCCUCCGUUCAUUCGGAGGGGAUUACCACAGCACAGGCACCCACCUGGGCUUGGGAGGACCGGCCAUCAUCCACAGGUUCCAUGCAGUUCCCUUAUAACCCUUGGACGAUGCGCAUGCUCAGUAGUACCCCUCCCACCUCCAUGGCCAGCCCAUCUCCCUCCAUGCAGUCCCAGCAGCAGCCACAGGGUGGCGCCUCUGGCCCCGUGGCCAUGACGCGUGCAUGGGAGAGAGAGCCACCGCUACUGUCAGAGCAGUACGAGACCCUCUCAGACAGCGAUGACUGAGGCAGGUGAUCCAAGCCCCACUCUGUUCACCGUCGCC